AUGGCUGGAUUAAGUUUUGCGACUCUUUUCCGCGUUCUUCUGUUACUUUUUUUACUUUUUGUAACUGAGAGCGUUGCAAGCAGUAGCGGGGGCAUUGUUUACACGCGUGAUCAGCUGAUUGCUCUGUGUAAGCCCACGCUGCUGCCCGGAGACAGGCCUGUGGUCCCGGAGGAGUUACGGAGGAGACGCCGGGGUUGCAGAGCUGGAACCAAGCGGAGGGAGAAAAGGAGAAGACAUAGGCCAGCGGUCCCAGCGAUAAUAAUGGGAAAUGUGAGGUCUUUGGCGAACAAGACGGACGAGCUCUCAGCGCUGGUGAGGACUCAACGGGAAUACAGCGAGUGUAGCUUAUUUUGCUUCAGUGAGACUUGGCUACACUCCAACAUCCCGGACAGCAGUGUGGAGGUCACCGGUUACAGUUUGGUACGUGGAGACAGAGACUGUUCUAAAAGUGGGAAGAAGAAAGGCCGCGGGCUUGUACUUUAUGUGAGUGAGAGGUGGUGCAACCCUGGACAUGUCAGAGUGAAGGAACGUCUCUGUACCCCGGACAUUGAACUGCUGGCUGUGGGAUUGCGCCCGUAUUAUUUGCCAAGGGAGUUUACAUCUACCAUUGUUAUUGCUGUCUACAUCCCACCAUCAGCUGAUGCAGCGGUGGCCUGUGACGUCAUCAGCUCCGCCGCUGCUAAACUGCAGACUGAUCAUCCAGAUGCGUUCAUGGUUAUUACUGGUGAUUUCAAUCAUGCCUCACUGAACAAUACUCUCAGUAACUUUCACCAGUAUGUUAACUGCCCCACCAGAGACAAUAAAACACUGGAUUUAUUAUACACCAAUACCAUGGAUGCAUAUGAAGCCGCAGCCCUCCCUCCCCUCGGCAGGUCAGACCACAACCUGGUCUUGAUGACCCCGAAGUAUGUCCCACUUGUGAAAAGGCAGCCGGUGCACACCAGGGUGGUGAGGAGGUGGACACCAGAGGCUGCUGAGGCACUGCAGGACUGCUUCGAGUCCACAGACUGGGACGUGUUAUGUGAGCCACAUGGGGAGGACAUCGAUGGGAUGACCAACUGCGUUACGGAUUACAUCAGAUUCUGCGAGGACACCACCAUGCCAGCCAGGACCGUCCAGUGCUUCCCUAACAACAAGCCCUGGAUUUCCAGUGACCUGAAGGAACUUCUGAACAAAAAGAAGAAGGCUUUCAGGUCUGGAGACAGAGAGGAGCUGAGGAGAGUACAGCACGAACUCAGGGACAUGCUGAGGAUGUGCAAGGACAAUUAUAGGAGGAAGCUGGAGGCCAAACUCCAACAAAACAGUGUGAGGGACGUGUGGGCUGGAAUGAAGUACAUCACGGGGAUGAAGGGGAAGGACAGGCAGACACCUGGGAGCCUGGAUAGAGCGAACCAGUUCAACCAGUUUUUUAACAGGUUUAGCUCAGCUCCAGCCCCCCACACACUCACACUGUCCCAAAUGGCUCAACCCUCCCCCCAGCCUUCUCCUGUACAGCACCUCUCCACCACCACCCUCCCCUCCUCCUCCUCCACUGAGGACAUCUGCACCAACCCCCGUGUGACUACAGGCCAGGUUAAGAGGCAGCUGGAAAGACUACAUCAACGCAAGGCUGCAGGCCCUGAUGGCAUCACACCCAGGAUCCUGAAGACCUGCGCCAGCCAGCUGUCUCCUGUACUGGGACAUCUCUACAACCUCAGCCUGAGUCAGGAGAAAGUCCCGUUGCUGUGGAAGACGUCGUGCUUGGUUCCUGUCCCCAAGAAGCCGAGGCCAUCCGACCCAGCAGACUACAGACCGGUCGCCCUCACAUCACAUGUGAUGAAGGUCCUGGAGAGACUGGUCUUAGCCCAGCUGAGGCCACAGGUGAGGACGUUUCUGGACCCUUUGCAGUUUGCCUACCAGUCCCACUUAGGAGUCGACGAUGCUGUCAUUUACUUGCUGCAACGAGCCCAUUUGCAUCUGGAUGGUGGAGGAGGCACUGUGAGGAUCACUUUCCUUGAUUUCUCCAGUGCUUUCAACACCAUUCAGCCUCUGCUGCUGGGUGAGAAGCUGCGGGUGAUGGGUGUCAACGACACAAGGAUCUCCUGGAUUACUGACUACUUGACAGGCAGGCCACAGUUUGUCCGUCUGGGCAGUGUCCUGUCUGAUGUGGUGGUCAGUGAUACAGGAGCUCCACAGGGAACUGUGCUCUCUCCCUUCCUCUUCACCGUAUACACCACUGACUUUCAGUACAAUUCUGAGUCAUGUCACCUGCAGAAGUUUUCUGAUGACUCAGCUGUUGUAGGGUGUAUAAGAGAGGGAGAGGAGGGGGAGUACAGGACACUGGUGGACAACUUUGUGGAGUGGUCCGAACAGAACCACCUGAGGCUGAAUGUCAACAAGACCAGAGAGAUGGUGAUUGACUUCAGGAGAGAGAAGAGGUCUUCACAGCCACUACGGAUUAGGGGGGAGGUGGUGGAGGAGGUGGAGGACUACAGAUAUUUGGGAGUGAUAAUUGACAAUAGACUGGACUGGAGGUCUAACUCUGAGGCUGUGUACAAGAAGGGGAUGAGCAGACUCUAUUUCUUGAGGAAGCUGAGAUCCUUCAAUGUGUGCAGCAAGAUGUUGGAGAUCUUUUACCAGUCUGUUGUUGCCAGCACCAUUUUCUUUGCUGCUGUGUGUUGGGGCAGCAGCAUUAGAGCCAGCGACACCAACAGACUUGAUAAAAUCAUCAGGAGGGCUGGCUCUGUACUUGGACUCAGGCUGGAGUCUUUUGAGACUGUGGUGGAGAGGAGAACGCUGAAUAAACUCUUAUCCAUCAUUGACAAUGAUCAGCACCCUCUCCACCACACAGUGGGGGACCACCGCCGGGCCGGAGGCACGGUUGAGGUUCAGGAGGCCGGCCUACGAUCCGGCAACGGAGCAGAGUCUUAUGUGGCCGGCAGCGGGGUCGAAGGCGACGCUGACACUCUGGGGGUCUGCCACGGGGUCGGCGGUGAAGAUGACGCUCUGGGGGUCCGCCACGGGGUCGGCGGUGAAGAUGACGCUCUGGGGGUCCGCCACAGGGCCGGAGGUGAAGCUGACGCUCUGGAGGUCUGCCGCGGGGCCGAAGGCGAAGAACCUUCUCAGGAGGAAGACGCCCAAACUUCAGCAGGUACCCCCACGGGGUACCCCGUCCCCUCCUCGGCAGCUCAGACUCUGUAG